AUGCUUUUCUGCCGGCAAAGAGUGCACUUGGGCCGAAGCGCCACGAAGGACAAGGAAGCUGCGGGCGCCCUCGUCGAACAGAAGAUCGAUGGGCUCGUUGCUAAACUCGUCCAUGCCGCUGCUGAAACUGAACUCACAACCGACUUUGCAAGUGCAUCACAGCCGACUCCUGUAGAAACCAGAGCAGAGACGUGGCAGAAACGGGGAGUAAUUAACGUCACACCGGGAAGCUGGAUACCGACACCAUCUUUCGAGACCGGUACCUUGCAGCAUGAGAACAGCACCGAGGCCGCGUCAGAAAGUGCUGAAGCCGAUCGACAGUACCUCGAAAGUCUUCGCAGCAUACACAGAUACAGUGAUCGUGAAGAUGCUCCUCCGGCUCCUGAGGGGUUUUUUAGGCCGUCAAAACGCCCCGAAGCACCCAUUGAACACGAAAUUGUUCAACAAAUGCUGUGUUCAGGUGAAGCUGACGUAUUGUUGAACGAGUAUCGUAACAUGUCGGCAACGUUCCCUUUCGUAAUGCUACCUCCGCAGAUCACUGCUGAACAGUUGCACGAGCACAGACCUAUGCUCUUACUGGCUGUCAUUCUGGUAUCAUCAUGGAAAGAACACACACGCCAGAUGCAGCUUGAUGGUGUCUUUCGCACAGAACUUGCUCAUCGAACGAUUAUCCAACCCCGCAGGACACUGGGCCUAGUUCAAAGUGUAUUGGUCUACUUGUCAUGGUAUCACUUCGUUUUUAGCCACAAAACACAGCAGAUAUUCUUCUUACACAACCUCGUCACAGGACUGGCGCUCGAUAUUGGUCUGCAUCAAGACUUCCAACCUAUUGGCUUUCCAAUGCCACAGCGGCCUAAAGCUCCACCGCCACCGCCUGGAGAGUUGCGCGAGAGACAUCGUGCUUUCCUGGGUUGUUAUUACCUUUCUUCCAUGGUCGCUACAGGCUUACAGAAGCCAAACCUGUUAAAACAUAACUCUAUCAUGUCAGAAUGGGCGCAAAGCUUGAAACAGAAUCGAGAGUACGAGACGGACGAGACUAUCAAUCUGCUCAUAUCUUUACGGCAGAUCGAUGACCAAGUACAAGAUGCGCUCUUCACAGCCGAUGGUUCGCAGCUCCCAAUUUCCGAUGGGCGAGCAUUGAUGCAUGUCCGAUUUAUAGAUGCACAACUCGAUACAUGGAAGAGAGAAUGCGACGGUGUUGCAUCACAAAGACUACUCGAACUUUCUUUCUCGUACGCUAAGAUGCAACUACAUAGCGUAGCUCUUCGCUCGUCGCCCUCGGAGCUACCGGCGUCGGUACGUUCAUCGCAAAUCAACAGCUUACUCUCGUCACUUGAGGCCGGCAAACGAUUCUUGGAUACACUCCUUUCGUUUCCAGCUCAAGAGUAUCACCUGAUAUCGUUCUCGGAAUGGAUGCGUUUGCCCGCGGUCAUUAUGACGGUCGCCAGACUAUGCAUCCCCUCUGAACAACAUGCCACCAUCGGAUGGGACACUCAAGCUGCGCAAGACAGGGUGCGCCUAGAUCUCUGCCUUGAGUCAAUCUGCUAUCGAAUGUCAACCCUAACGGCCUUUGAUAAGACAAAGCGGCCUGAGACUGACUUCUGGCACGCUAUGCAAAUGAUCAAUGAUCUGACGAAGAAUUGGUACAUUCACAAGAUCCGACCGGAGCGACCUAGCCAGACACCAUCAAUGCCCACAUCCGGCGACUCGAUCGAGCACAGUGUAAGCGAGGGCUCAUGCCCUAUCACUGGCGCACCUAGAGUGCAUUCAACCCACCAUGCGAGCGACCGAUACAACCACUUACCUGACACCAACUAUAUGGAUGAGUUCAACAUGGAAAGACCUCCCGACACUGAGGCCAACAGCGACCCUUUUGCGCUUAUGAGAAGUGCCGAUUUCGACAUGGGCCAGUUCUUCGAUAUGGCAGGGAGCAUUUGGGGGGAGGACAGCUACAACAGCUAUGCUGGCAUGUCGUUUGGAGGUGGUGGUCAGUUCUGA